AUGGCGAAUAAUAUUCCUGUUUCACUGAGAACCGCUGAUAUCGGGCGGUUUGCCCUGAGGGCAGCGCAGAUUGAGAAGGCCAAACCUGUCGUGGCUUACUGGUGCAACUUUCAUAUUGUGAACCAAAUAAUUGAGCGAGGCCUUCAUAAUUCCGAUGAUGAGGUUAAGCUUUAUACAACCGACCUCGUGGAAAAGUUGGAACAGUUCAAAAGCGACAACCAAGAGAAUGAAACUGUCACGGACGAGGUUGCUGCCAGUGCCUAUGUCGAACAAUUCGGACUGGAGGUAUUCAACCGCGCAGAGGCGGCCAUGACCGCCAACAAAGUUACCAAACAAACGGCGGAUACAUUCCAGGCAGCUGCGAUAUUCCUUGAGCUCUGCCAGGUAUGGGGAGACCUGGACUCGGAGAUUGCGGGGAGAAUCAAGUUCGCCAAGUACCACGCGGUUCGAAUUGUGAAAGCGAUCAAAGCCGGCGAAGACCCCAAUGCCUCGAACCCGACCCCACAGAAAGAAGAGGAGAACGAAGCUACCGUGGCUGACCCCGACAUCCAAGCAUUCGACGAAGGCGUGGCGGAGCAGGCCUCCAAGCUAAGACAGGCCUCCGUCGAGGAAAUCCCCGACGAAGCAGAUCGUCUCGGCCGCCAUAUGGCCCUUCAAUCAUCUCUGGACGAGUCACUCCACCCAUCCCGAACAUCCUCGAUGCCACGCCCGCAAGAAUCCUCUCUCCCUGACAUUCCUUCCGUCCCAAGCAACGCGCCAGGCUCUCCCCCGACGCAGAAGAUGGACAUCGACGACCCGCAAUCAGGAGGCCUCGACCUCCCCUCAACUCCCGGCACGAUAGGUGGCUCAAGUUCUCUCCCAAAGCUGCCAGAUACGCCGGGGUCUACGGACGUCUCUGCCUCUUAUGUUUCACGCAAUUCAAACGCCUUCCAGUCUUUCCCACCGCCGGCCGACACCCCCUCCGUCCCUGCUCCAGACCCGGCCUCAUUCUAUGAUCCUACAAGUGCCAGCGCCUAUAUCCCACCCCCGGCUGCGUCGCCAUCAGUUCCCCCAACAAGGGCACCUGCUCCUCCCCCUCCAGCCCCUGCACCCGCUGCCCCGAGCCAACCUUCGCACUCGAUAGAUGACAACUCUAUUACCCAGGCGCAGAAGCACGCUCGUUGGGCGGUAUCCGCGCUGACAUUCGACGAUGUUGACACGGCAAUCAAGGAACUGAGAAACUCGCUGAAGUAUCUAGGCGCGUCAUGA